CGGUAUAAUAAUUAUGCAUAGCUGAAAGACUUGGCUUUAGCUAUAUACCCAAAUAAAAAGGCACUUCCUUUUACAGGGAUUACGGUAUCUCCAUCAUUCCCACUUGGGAAGACAUGGUCGCUUGAAAGCCUCGAACGUACUCGUUGACUGCCGGUGGACGUGCAAACUGGCGCACAUGACCAUCCCGUGCCUCACUGCUCCACUAGUCGUGGAUGACGUCGACAUGAACUACACGAAUUUCCUGGCGACACCUCCGGAGGUACUCCGUGACCCAACGAUAGGCGUGCCCGGCACCAAAGCAGGUGACGUGUACUCUUUUGGCAUCGUGCUGCUGGAGAUCUUUACUGUGAGUGAGGUGUACGAGGCGUUCUCCGCGACUCACGCUCAGGAGAAGGCUGUGUCACAGAUCAAGAGAAAGAAUAAGCGGAAACGCAAGCCUUCCCUGGAGCGGCACUUCACAGACCUGGCAGGCAGCGCGAUACACCUCACAGAGGAUCUUAUGGAGCCUAAGGAAAUCAUCAAACGUGUCAAGCAGGGUGGCAGCUUCCCGUUCCGCCCGUUCAUUCCGGAGUACAUCGACCACAAGACCAAGAACGUCAUCAUGGAGUGCUGGAGGGAACAGGCGGAGGAGAGACCCUCCAUGGAUCACGUGGCCUCGCUCAUACGACACAUCAGCACACAGUACAGCACAAAGAACAAGAGCUUGAUGGAGCAGAUGCUGGACAAAGUGACGCGAGAGGCGGACCUCCAGGCACAGGAGCUACAGGAGGAGAAGCACAAGUCUGACCAGCUUCUCUAUCAGAUGUUGCCGCCGGAUACAACGUCCCAGCCGAAAGACCGAGAUACUCUACACAAUUUUUCACCCCACGAGGGAAACGAACUAGGGUCUCCUGCGUGCUACAGCAAAGCGUCCAACCCCUACACCGCUACGGGAAACGUAAUUGUUUUUAUUCUUUUUCAGAUCGUAAACUUUUUGAACGAUGUCUACUACAAGUUUGAUACUGUGAUUGAAAAGUACCUAGUAUACAAGGUUGAAACCAUCGGUGACGCCUAUGUAGUGUGCAGCGGUGUGCCCUUGAAGGUAGAGAACCACGCUUGUGAGAUCGCCAAGAUGGCGUUGCACAUCAUGAGCUGUUCUGAGGAUUUGAAGGUGCACCACAGACCACAGCACAAGUUCCUCAUGAGAAUAGGGCUGCACAGCGGGACUGUGGCAGCCGGCGUGGUCGGCAGAACAAUGCCGAGGUACUGUCUGUUUGGAGACACCGUCAAUACAGCAAGUCGUAUGGAGUCUACGGGGGUUGACGGCUCGCCAAAGAUCGUUGUCUACGGAACUGACACCAUUCACGUCGGAGACCAGGGUAGUGUCGGCGGGGGCAGCUCCGGAGGGGGGCGGGACACGCCCCUUAUCAUCAAACCGAAGUCCAACAAAGUUGCUCCUUUCGAGACCCCAGAGUCCCUUGUGGGCUCUGCACUAUCCUUGAAUGACGGACUCCCAGAAAUUUCUAUUGGAUGA